AUGAAUCAAAACGACGUAGUACAAGGCGAUAACUUAACAUUAUCAGAAGUCAUCACCGGUAAACAAGCUCCUGAUCCUGCUCAUGAAUACGGCACCGUUUCACCGCCUCCUUCUUCUCCUGAUCAAUCCUACCGUAACGAGGAUGAGGUCCCUCAACCUAAUGUGGAGAUUGAACUAAAGACCGCUCCAGGAGAUUGGAGGUUCCCAGUUCAAAACCAAACACGACAUUGUUACACUCGUUAUCUCGAAUAUCACAGGUGCAUCAAAGAGAAGGGGAAAGAUGAUCCAGCAUGUGAGAAGUUUGCUAGAUAUUACAGAUCGUUAUGUCCUCUUGAAUGGAUACAAAGAUGGAACGAGCAAGUGGAACAAGGGACAUUUCCAGGCCCUAUAUAA